AUGGGCUACCCCGCCGUGGGAGCUCCCAUCGACUGGGCCGUGGUUUUACCGAUGUUUGCCGCCAACUGGAUCUGGUGUGUCGUCUACGAUACCGUGUAUGCUCACCAGGAUAAGAAGUUCGAUAUCCACGCCGGAAUUAAGCUGACGGCGUUAGCGUGGGGCGACCGCACUAAACCCAUACUUAACGGGUUAACUACGGCUCAAGUAGGGCUCUAUACGCUUUCCGGGUUCAUGAACUCAAUGGGACCUGGUUUUUAUGCUGGUGCCGCUUGGGGGUUUUACCGUAUUUAUACUAUGAUUAAGAAAGUCGAUUUAGACGAUGAAGCCAGUUGCUGGAAAGGGUUCACGGGGAAUAUCAAAACGGGGAUUAUCUUUUGGUUGGGGAUUGUUGUGGAUUACUUGUUGCUUCUCGCUGGCGUCUUAUAA